UUUAUUUUACUUUUAAAUAAAAGCGAUUACUCAAUAAAAACACACCCUGCCACUGCAUGCUUGGUUGGGGUUUUCUGUGUGAUUCUUUUUGAGAUGAUUUAAUUCCACAAACUAAGUAUUAAUCGGAUUAUUUAAAGGUAUAAACAACAGAGAUGUCAUGAUGUGGAACCGCUACGCUGCGCCUGACAGGCUGCUUGUAAAAACUCACUGAAGCUGUGGUCGCUACUUGUCACUUCUGGGGGCUGCAGAAACACCAGUAAAACUUUAAUCCUGCGGGACAAAACAAAAAAAGCUAGCAGUAGCAGCAGAACUUCCGGGUUCCCCCCCACCCAGCGGUUAUAGUGGAGCGGGACGCCGGCGUGAGGGGAGCGGGGAGCGGAGCGGUGUCGGUGAACCUGACCGGGCUGGUGGAGGACAGCAUGGCUGCGGGGAAAGGAGCCGGGAAGCCCGUCUCCCUGUGGGACAAUUUGCGGAUACGCUUCAUCGUUUGCUUCCUUGGAGUCUUCGUGUGUUAUUUUUAUUACGGUAUACUCCAGGAGACGAUCACUCGGGGUAAUUAUGGCGGAGAGAAGUUUACUUUUGCACGGACGUUGGUCUUUAUCCAGUGCAUCAUCAAUGGUGCUUUUGCUAAGAUCUUGAUCCAAUGUUUUGAAAGCUCCAAAGUGGAUCACACCAAGAGCUGGCUCUAUGGCCUGUGUUCCCUCUCCUAUCUUGGCGCGAUGGUUUCCAGUAACUCCGCCCUUUUGUAUGUCAACUACCCUACACAGGUGUUGGGGAAAUCCUGCAAGCCCAUACCAGUGAUGAUCCUCGGCGUAACAAUUCUAAGGAAGAAAUAUCCGCUGGCAAAGUACCUGUGUGUGCUGCUGAUUGUCGGCGGCGUUGCUUUGUUUCUCUACAAACCCAACAAGGCCUCAGCUGUUGCAGACGACCAUAUUUUUGGCUUUGGAGAGAUUCUGCUUCUGGUGUCUCUGACAUUGGAUGGACUCACUGGCGUUGCCCAGGACCACAUGAGGGCCCGCUUCCAGACGAGUGCCAACCACAUGAUGCUGAACAUCAACAUGUGGUCCACCCUGAUACUGGGCCUGGCCGUGUUGUGGACCGGAGAAGUGUGGAGUUUCCUGGGUUUUGCAGAACGCCAUCCCAGCAUAAUGUACAAUAUUCUUCUGUUUGGACUGACGAGUGCUUUAGGCCAGACCUUUAUCUUCAUGACUGUGGUGUAUUUUGGGCCUCUGACCUGCUCCAUCGUCACCACCACGAGGAAGUUCUUCACCAUCCUUGGUUCUGUUAUUUUGUUUGGAAACGUCAUGACGCAGAUGCAGUGGAUUGGCACCACUCUGGUGUUCCUCGGUCUUGGAUUGGAUGCUAAAUUUGGCAAAUCCCCCAAGAAGCAUUAAAGAACACGAAGGAGCAGCAAAGAAAACAAAAGAAAUUAGAAACGGACUGUAAUAAGUUAAAUACUUUCAGAAGAUAACUUAUACAUACGUGUGCCUAUGUUUUAAGUAUGGUCAGAUAUUUAAACGGGUCGUAAUAGUUUACAGCUCUUGAUAAAUUGAAGAGACGUGCCCUGUGACGGAUCAAGCCUAGAAUGAAUCAUGAUGAGCUACAACUCCAAAUAUGUGUGCACAUAUGGACAAAAAAAAUCUGAAACCAGGGAACUUUUGGUAAAUACAUGCUAAGCUGAGCUAGGUAUCAGAAAUGCAUUUCGAGCAAUGAACCCUAAAUUAUCAUAAUUUUUGUUUUUACAGAUUAAGGCUUGAAAAUGUGUAUAUAUAAAAAGUAGUUCACUUCUCGGAAAACAUCCAAGUAUUUGGAAAAAAAAAUGUAAACGGUUGUAUGUAACUUGAUGUUGAGUCCAAUAUUACUAUUACAUUUUUAUUUUUUAUUUUAUACAAGAUGAAAACAACUUACCAUAAAAGGGAAAUUAUUAUAAUGCA